CCUCAUGUGUGCGUCCGACGCAGACCCACAUGGUGUACGGCCUGCGCGACGAGCUGGAGGUCCGCGUGGCAGCUAGCCGUUGCGACUGCCGCACUGAGUCCGCUGCCGCAGUCACCUCCGCUGUGCCGCUGGAGCUAGCGCCCAAUCAGGUGGCCAUGUAUGCGCCGCCGCGGCGCACUCCCAUCAAGGCGUCCGAGGCCGCUGUGAAGCGCGCGCUGCUGGCCAACCAACAGCAGCGGCAGGGUCAGCAGCAGCAGCGUCUGCUUCCCGCUACGUCGUCUGCUUCUGAGGCCGUGGCCGCCGCGCCGGCGCUGGUGGGCUUUGGCGGCCCCGGCAGCAGCUACGCCGGCCGCGCCGCGGCCGCCGCUGCGGCAAGCGAGGCGCUCGCGGACUCCAAGAAGGAGGCGGCCGCCGCCGCCAAGGCCGUGGCACUGGUCGGCCUGGUGGCCGCUCUGCGCAUGCAGGCGCAGGCGGCGCAGGCUUUCGCCUCCUCGCCGGGGCCACAACGGACAGCGGACUCAAGUGAACUGGCCUGACAUGCCUGCAGUGCUAGUGCGAAGCCCUGGUGUGCAGCGAGGGUACGGCAGUAGUAAAGGGCUUUCGCGCAGGUCAGGCCGGGUGCAGGCUGGGUAGCAGGCUGGGUGCAGGCAAUUUCAAUGUGAGGCGGUUCCAUGCACCUUGCCAAUGGUAGCCCGUGUAGCGGAGAGUUGCGCUGAUUAAUAGACAAGCGUGUUCCCUCCGACCUGUAUUGACGGGUCCCCUAACCGGGUCCGUCUUUCAUGUGGACUGCCAAUGUGCCCCUGGCAACGCAAUGUCCUUUGCAAGGCCGCCACGCCGGCAACUCUAGUGCCCAAUGAUUAUCCAGCGAAGCCGAAGGAUUAUCCAGCGAAGCCGUGCGCCCUGUUUGCCUUGCUAGUUCGUGCAUCCCGUCGGCAGGCGCUUGUUUUGUGAACCUGUGUGAACCUGUGCACGGGCCUCUGCGCGGCAGUCACGACUUGGGGUUUGGCAGCCUCAUACAGCAGUUCUCUCAGUCUACAUCAUCUCAAAUCGCAUGUAAAGCAUACUGCGC